GGUCCCUGGUCGCUGUGGGGCUGAAGGGCGUCGAAAGGGCGUCGAGGAUGCGCCGGGACUCGGGGGGCAGCGCGGGGGGCAGCGCGGGGGUCUCGGGGCCGUCGAGCCUUCGCGCCUUCGCGCACAGCUCCUCUCUGCACGGCCUCAGCCACGUCUUCGCCUACGGGGCGGCCUCGCUGCGGCGCGCGCUGUGGGGCGCCUUCUUCCUGGGGUCGCUGGGGCUGCUGCUGGCGGUGUGCGCCGAGCGCGUCGCCUACUUCCUCACCUACCCGCACGUCACCAAGCUGGACGAGGUGGCCGCCCGCAACCUCACCUUCCCCGCCAUCACCAUCUGCAACCUCAACGAGUUCCGCUUCUCCAAGAUCACCCGCAACGACCUCUACCACGUCGGCGAGCUGCUGGCGCUGCUCAACGAGCGCUACGAGAUCAGCCACCCGCAGCUGGCGGAGCCGCGCGUCCUCGCCGCCCUGCGCGACAAAGCCAACUUCAAGAACUUCAAGGCCAAACCCUUCCGCAUGGACGAGUUCUACAACCGCACCGGCCACGACCUGGCCGAGAUGCUGCUGCGCUGCUCCUUCCGCGGCGCCGGCUGCACCGCACGCAACUUCACCGUGAUCUUCACGCGCCUGGGGAAGUGCUACACCUUCAACUCGGGGGGCGCGGGGCGCGAGGUGCUGAGCUCCCUGCAGGGCGGCGCCGGGAACGGACUGGAGCUGAUGCUCAACGUCCAACAGGAGGAGUACCUGCCGGUCUGGGGGGACACCGACGAGACGUCGUUCGAGGCGGGGGUGAAGGUGCAGAUCCACAGCCAGGACGAGCCCCCCGCCAUCGACCAGCUCGGCUUCGGCGUCGCCCCCGGCUUCCAGACCUUCGUCUCCUGCCAGCAGCAGCGCCUGGUGUACCUGCCGCCGCCGUGGGGGGACUGCAAGGCCACCCCCCCGGAGUCGGAGUUCUUCGGCGCCUACAGCCUCCCCGCGUGCCGCCUGGACUGCGAGACGCGGUACUUGGCCGAGAACUGCAACUGCCGCAUGGUGCACAUGCCAGGCAGCGCCAACGUCUGCACCCCCGAGCAGUACAAGGAGUGCGCCGACCCCGCGCUCGCCGCGCCCCCAGAUUUCCUGGUGCAGCGCGACAGCGAGUUCUGCGCGUGCCGCACGCCCUGCGCCGCCGUGCGCUACGGCAAAGAGCUCUCGGUCGUCAAAAUCCCCAGCAAAGCGUCGGCGCGGUACCUCGCCCGCAAGUUCAACAAGAGCGAGCAGUACAUCGCGGACAACGUCCUCGUCCUCGACAUCUUCUUCGAGGCCCUCAACUACGAGAGCAUCGAGCAGAAAAAGGCCUACGAGGUGGCCGGGCUGCUGGGCGAUAUUGGGGGGCAGAUGGGGCUGUUUGUGGGCGCCAGCCUCCUCACCGUCCUGGAGAUCCUGGAUUACCUGUGCGAGGUGUUCCGCGACAAACUGCUCAGCGCCUAUCGCGACAGAAAGCGCCCCCGCUCGCCGGAGCGCCCCGGUGUCCCCCACAGCCCCCCCGUCCCCCCCACCCCCAGGGUCCCGGUGCCCCCCCUCCCGCCCCCCCGCGCCGCGGCUUCGCCCCGAACCUGCUACCUCGUCACUCGCCUCUGAGCCCCCCGAGCCCCCCCAAACCCCC